GGGGAGAAAAAGUGGUUACCAUAGUAACAUAAAGCCUCAACUUUAUUUCCGGCGCUGGUUUCGCGUUAGAAAUGAUUACUGGUAUUCACAACGCGAGAAGGAGAGAACAUGUGUUUAUCCAGGAUUCAGAGUCUGAGACUGGCAGCAGUACUGGAGGACUGUUCACACCAGCUGGAAAUACUGGGACAUAUUCUCGCAAUGCGGAUACGCAGGGAAAGACCUGCACAGGAGAAAGCCAAGCUCAGGAAGUUGACAGGGGAUUGUGAAUACAUCUCACAGCUGAUGUCCAAGCUACAUUUGGAGCUGGAGGAGAAAUGGUGUUUUAGCUCUCUGCUGCAGGCUGUGGAGGAAAUCGAGCAGAGGAGAAGGGAUACGAACAUGAAAAGGGAGGAAAUGAAACAAGUGGACAAGAGAAGACAGACGCUUCUGAAACAACAAGAGGAGCUCCAGCAGAAAACUCUCAAACUGCAGGUCAUACACCAGGAAGCAAACAAGAAAGAUAAUUUAUUAAAGAUGAGAAGCAAAGAGAACACUAAGGAGAACGACACUGGGCUGCAGCUCAGGAAGAUCCAGAAUGAGACCAGUCAGGCUGAGGCACUGCUGGAAGGGCAGCUGGAGCUGCUGAAGAAACAGUUGAAGGAGGAGGUGAGAGUUCACGAGGAGUCUCAGAAAUUCCUGCUGAGCCAGCAUGAGGAGCUGCAGCAGCUGCUGCAUGAGCUGCAGCAGCACACAGAGCAGAUGGUGCAGAAGAAGAGCAAGCAGCUCCACAACGUGUGCUUCAAAAAGAACCUGAACUUAGACAGGCUGGAGGACAUGAAAAUGAAGUUCAAGGAGAUGGAGCAGAUGGUGAUGGAGGACAGGGAGGAGCAGGAGAAACUCCACCAACAGCAGGCACGGAUCAGAGCUGCCACCAAGCUGCAGGCCUGGUGGAGAGGCUGCAUCGUACGCCGAGGACUCUGCGGUUUUAAAAAAGCUGAGAAAGGCAAGAAAGGGAACAAGAAGGAAAGAAAGAAAAAGAAGAAAUGACUUUUUGCUAGUGCUGCCAAAUGUCAUUGACAUGAUGAUCUGAAUAAAAACAAACACUAAUGCAGUAUGUGAAGUCUUUAUUAUAAAUAUAAUAGCAGUUACAGUUACAACAGUUAAAACUCAUUCAUUCAAAGUCCUCUUACUCAGUUUUAUGUACAUAUCAAAGUCACAGUUAUUUUAUAUUAAGCAAUGUCAAACACAGAGACACAAGAAAUCCAAAUUACCUCUGGUAAUAAAUACUACUGAGUAGUCUACUGUUAAUGACCAUAGGCCAUACAUUUUAACACAAGCCCGUAUCAUGACGUGACAGACUUAUCCAUAAAAAAACCAGACCAGAGCGAAAAAUCAACAGUCAUAAUGGUCAAAAUGCCCACAAAAAAAGCUGUUUUUGUGUUUUAUGAUGAUGAACUGAUUAUCUGGCAUAGUUCUGAUUAGUAGAGACAUUGUUAUCUCUCACCUCCAGACUGACAAUGUUUGCCCUGAUACUAAAUUGAAGUUAUAAUCCUGGCA